AUGGCGACGAGAGCUUCGCAGCAUGCCCUCUCGCGCGCCGGCACCGAGCUCUACCUCGACGACCUCGGCAACGCCGUGCCGAAUGAGAAGCUGUCGGCUGAGAAACUGUCGGCUGAGGAUGCCUGGAUCAGCAAGUGCGACCUCGACGCCUUCGCUGCGGACAUCAAGGCGCUCGGCAAGACGCUCGCGGCGCAGCAGGGCGACGCGGACGUGAGGCACCUAAACAAGAUUGUGUGCUGGCAGCGCGCCUGCACGGCGCUCGGCGUGGCCACGAUGGCGAUGCCGCUCGGCCCGCUCCCGUUCAACCCGAUUGCCGUCUGGUUCCUUUCACUGGGAGUGCUCACGCGCUGGACGAUCGUCGCGCACCACGUCUGCCACGGAGGCUUCGACAAGUGCGACACGGGCGGGCGCUACCAUCGCUUCACCUUUGGCGUCGGCUCUGUGUACCGGCGGUGCGUGGACUGGCUCGACUGGAUGCUCGUGGAGGCGUGGAACGUCGAGCACAACCAGCUGCACCACUACUCCCUCGGCGAGGACUCCGACCCCGACCUUGUCGAGCGGAACCUCGACAACCUGCGCCAGAUGCCGGCCCUCCUCGCGCCAGUCAAGUACCUCGUCAUCGCCUUCCUGACGGUGACUUGGAAGUGGUUCUACUACGCGCCAAACACCUUCAAGGUGCUCUCGCUCAACAGGAUGCGCCGCGAGGCGGACCCGCGCCUCGAGAAGCUCUCGACGCAGCUGCAGGAGGACCCAUGCGUGCCGCUCGCCGCCGCCCACGCCGCAGCGGCGGCCUCGCUGGUGAACCUGGUCCUCGCCGAGCUUUUGACAAACGCGCACGCCUUCCUCGUCGUCGCGACCAACCAUUGCGGCGACGACCUCUACCGGUUCGAGCAGCACGCCGCGCCGCGCUCCCCCUCCUUCUACAUGCGGCAGGUGACCUCGUCGGUCAACUUUGCGACCGGCGACGGCCGCGGCGGCCACGGACACGCCGCGGAUUGCGUCGACUUUCUGCACGGCUGGCUCAACUACCAGAUCGAGCACCACCUCUGGCCCGACCUGUCGAUGCUCUCGUACCAAAAGGCGAAGCCGUACCCCUCUCCCGCACCCCGCUGA